UGUUGGUGGGGGGGGGAGAGGUGGUGAGUAUGUGUGAGUUGGGAUAUGGAUAUGGGAGGGAGAGACACAGUUUCCCAGCUGCACUCCUGAAGUUUGCUGCUUAACUCCUGAAGUUUGCUGCUUGACUCCUGAAGUUUGCUGCUGAACAACUCCUUCCCACAACCUUUACGCUGAGCUGCUGUUGCGCUUGAGGAACUGACCGGGGUUUUCUUUUUACGUUGAACUAUGGCUCCCUCCCUCGCCCAGGCAUACCGGCGCCGAUGGUGGAUGGCCGUGACUGCUGUGAUCGAGAACCUCCUCUUCUCCGCUGUUCUACUCGGGUGGGCCUCGCUGCUGCUCAUGCUGACCAAGGAAGGCUUUUACUCUCACCUCUGCACGGAGGACGGGAACGGGACUGGGAAGUCCUCGAGCAGCCGGACACACAACGCCUCGAGGCACAAGACUUGGGAAAGCUGUGUGGACCAAGCAGAAAUGCUGAAUUUGGGUUUCACCAUUGGAUCGUUCCUGCUGAGCGCCACCACUCUACCCCUCGGAAUCCUCAUGGACAAGUAUGGCCCUCGGAUGCCGCGUCUCGUGGGCAGUGCCAGUUUUGCCCUAUCCUGCGCCAUGAUUGCCACAGCAGCCUACAACCCACCAUCUCUCUCUGCACUGAUAUUUCUCGCCCUGUCUCUCAAUGGAUUUGGAGGGAUCUGUUUGACUUUCUCCUCUCUCACGCUACCGAACAUGUUUGGCAACCUGAGGUCCACGAUUAUGUCCUUGAUGAUCGGAUCCUACGCCUCGUCCGCUGUCACGUUCCCUGGAAUUAAGGUGAUCUAUGACCUCGGCGUCCCCUUCAUCGUCAUCAUGUACACGUGGGCUGGGAUGGCGUGCCUCGUCUUUCUGAACUGCUACGUCAACUGGCCGCUGGAGGCCUUCCCCGACCCUGAAGAGGCCAGUUACGUAAAGAAACUGAAGUUGACUAGCCUGGCACUGGACCACAAGGUGACAGGUGAUCGGUUUUAUACACACGUCAGCAACGUGGGUGAGAGACUCAGUCAGAGAAACCCUGAGCCCGACGAAUUCAAACAUCUUUCAACAGACAGUGUGAGCAGGAGCAGCCCCAAGAGAGACAAAUCUGCAGUGUAA